AGGUGUCUCCAGGCUGCAGGCUCCACAGCCCUGUCACUAGAGCCGUGUUACUACAGCCUUGUUAGUACAGCCCUGUCACCAGAGCCCUGUCAGGACAGCCCUGUCAGGACAGCCCUGUCAGUCCGCGGCAGAGCGCGCGGUGACCUCGGAGCAGGAUGGGGCAGGCGGUGUCUGGGGGCAGAGUGGCCGCUGUGCUCGGCCUGGCGGUGUCUGUCAUGUUCGUGUCUCACGGCGGGCCUCUGGUGGACGGUGACGACAGUAGGGGGUUGCCGUGGGUGAGCAGCGGGCUCCAGGAUGCAGCAGGGCGGACCACGCUGUGCCUCUGUGCCGUGGCGUGUCUCCUGGUCCUGGGAUGGCUCUACCGCCUGCUCUUCAGUCCUCUGGAGCUGCUCAGGACCCCGGACCAAGUGGGAUACAUCGUGCCAGAAGGGCGGUCCAGGGCAGAGGCCGUGAACGAGGCCCGGCGGCGGAGAAAGACCGGGGAGCUGCCGCCGGUGUAUCCCAACGGCUGGUACCGCGUCCUGGACUCGCACCUGCUGCUCCGCGGGGAGGUGCGCAGCCUCAUGCUGCUCGGUCAGCAGGUGGCAGUGUUUCGGGGCCAGGAGGGGAAGGCCUACGUGCUGGACGCCUACUGCCCGCACCUGGGGGCCAACCUGGCGGUGGGUGGCCGAGUGGUGGGCAACUGCCUCGAGUGCCCUUUCCACGGAUGGCAGUUUAAGGGCAGCGAUGGGAAGUGUGCCAAGAUCCCAUACACAGAUAAAGUACCAGACUUUGCCAGAGUGCGGCGCUGGCCCAGUCUAGAGAUGAAUGGUCAGAUCUACGUGUGGUUCCACUGUGACGGAGAGGAGCCGCAGUGGGAGGUCCCGGAGCAGCCGGAGAUCACCCGAGGGGAGUGGGUGUACAAAGGCCGCACGGAGCACUACGUCAGCGCGCACAUACAGGAGAUCCCAGAGAACGCAGCAGACAUAGCCCACCUGGGACACCUGCACCAGCCCGGGAUGAUCGGAGGAGUGGACCUGCGCUACACCAAGAGCAAAGCCUGGCAGUUUAUGCAGCACGACUGGAAGGUGGAGUGGCACCCAGAGCCUGAGCCCCACUCUCACUGCUCUCAGAUGCUGGUCAAACACGCCAUGCACCUGUUUGGAGUGCACUGCUCCCUGCUGGACGUCAGCGUGGUGGCUCGACAGACCGGCCCUGGUGUAGUGUUCAUCCGCUUUGACCACCGCUUCCUGGGGUCAGGGGUCAUCAUGCACUGUGUCACGCCCCUGGAGCCUCUGCUGCAGCUGGUCACUCACACCAUCUUCUACCAGGCCAGCAUCCCCACGUUUGUGCCCAAGUUCAUCCUGAUGUCUGAGUGCAUACAGUUUGAGCGAGACGUGAUGGUUUGGAACAAUAAGAAGUACAACCCCAGUCCCAUGUUGGUGAAGGAGGACAGUGCCAUCCUGAAGCACCGCCGCUGGUUCAGUCAGUUCUACAGUGAGAACAGCCCACGUCUCCAGUACCACAGAGACUCCAUGGACUUUUGAGGCCAGCGCCGCAGCCUGUCUGUGGGCUGAGGGCCAGGGACUGUGAGCUCUCUCCUGGAGAAUAGAGUGACCGGAGCAGAGGUCAUGGGACACAGAGACCUCGGUCUUCAGAUUAUGAAGAGAUAAAGGACACAUAUCAUGCUAAAUCAAUUGUUUUAAGACAUGUUAUGCUGUCGUCUCUUCAUCUAAAACAAACCUGCAUCUGUAUUUUGCUGCAUUCACAUUUGUUUUAUUAGUCCUGUUUACAAGGUUAUGUUAAGUUCUGUUUACAUUUUCCAUAGAUAGUUACUAACAGGUAGAAUUUAUAAGUGUCCUACUCAGUUAUCCAAUGUAGGCAUCUGGUAAGUUGAGUAAUCUUUAUUCUCCUGCAUUCAAAAUGUAAUUGUGCUGAUCCACCCCUGUUUUCACCUCCACUGGACUGGUACACACUCACUGCUCUCUACUUACUUCAUUCUUCAAUUUUAUUUUUCAAUAUUAUUUUCAGUAUUAUAAUUUUUUUCUUAAUCAGUGAUACCAUUAUUACCAUUAUUGGCAGUGUCAUGUCAUAUUGGUGAUGCCCUGCUGCUCACUAGGGGGUGCUGACCACAUGAGGCAGGCGUCUCUUAAUCCUUCAUUGGCCUCCACGUUUUUUCAAACCAGAAGUUAGGUGACUUGUUUCUUUUAUGAUUUAAAAUGUCCACAUUAUAACAUAAUGAUCCACUGGUGUCAAAAAUUAUAGCUAUACUACAGACACAAGCACGAUAUGUCUUCUGUUAAGACAGAUACUGUUUGAACGUCUAAACUGAACUUUCCUUACUGACUUAUCUUAUGUAUCAAGUGCAGUCCAUUUCCCAUCAUCGCCAACAGAGGGCGACUGACAAGUUUUUGUGCAAUGUGAGAAAUAAGAGCUUCAUAUAAAUGGUGAUUUUUAUACAUAUUAUUGUAAGUUAUAAAAAUGGAAAUAACAAAUGAUCUAAAUAAAUCGUGACAUGAGACCAUU